AUGGAUAACGAGUGGUUGUCACUGUCAUUAGCUUUGCAGAGUAAGAAUUUCGCCAUCGUUGAUGAUGUGUUGUCACGUGGCCCGGAUGUUGAUGUUAACACGGCUUUGAGAAUUGCUGCUUCAUCUGGCAAUAGUGAAGCUGUGAAUUAUUUAUUGCAAAAAGGAGCUGAUCCCUUGGCGAAAGGCCAGUUUGGAAACAAUGCUCUGCACUCCGCUUCACAGGGUGGUAAUGUCGCCGUCAUGGAGAUACUAAUUUAUCGUGGUGUAGAUGUCGAUUCAAAAGAUAGUCAUGGCAAUACACCUUUGAUGAGGGCUGCAGCGUCUGGCAAGAUUGAAGCUGUGGAAAUUCUUUUAGCCGAGGGAGCUGAUCCCUUUGUGAAAAACCAUUCGGGAAGAAACGUACUGCACUUCUCCUCACAGACUGGCAAUGUUACCAUCAUCGAGACAAUAAUACUACGUGGUCUAGACGUCAAUUGCCAAGAUAGUAAUGACACCACACCGUUGAUGUUGGCUGCUGCAGUUGGCAAGAUUGAAACCUUUAAUUAUCUUUUAGACAAGGGCGCUGAUCCCUACAUGGUAAGUUGGUUUGGAGAAAAUCUCAUGCAUUACGCUUCACACGGUGGUAAUGUGACUAUUCUCCAGAAAAUUAUAUCUCGUGGUCUACACAUCGAUUCAAGGGGUAGAUAUGGGAACACACCAUUGAUGAAGGCUGCAGCGUCUGGUAAGAUUGAAGCCGUUAAUUUUCUCUUAGACAAAGGAGCUGAUCCCUUUGUGAAAAACAAGUUUGGAAGAAAUUUACUGCACUUCGCUUCAGCGGCUGGCAAUGUCACCAUCAUCGAUACAGUACUGUCACGUGGUCUAGAUGUUGAUUGCAAGGAUAGUAAUGGCACCACCCCGUUGAUGUUGGCUGUUGUAGACAGCAAGAUAGAUGCAGUAAAUUAUCUUCUAGACAACAGGGCCGAUUUCUUUAUGACGAGCCAAUCGGGAGAAAAUUUACUUUACUUCGCUUCAGAGGCUGGCAAUGUCACCAUCAUCGAGACAGCUUACAAAGGGACAGACUUCGCUGGCGUAAAAAUUUCGGGCUUUUACAAGGAUCAAGCUGUUCUUGAUUUCUUGUGUGAAACCCUUGAUGUUAAUCCCAAUCAUCUUGAAGAUCACUGA